UGUAUCCCGGUUCCCCUUUUCUGUCUACCUAGGUAGGUAGGUAUAACUAUAUAUAUUGCCAUUUACCUUUGUCUUCUCAAUCUUGUCUCCUGUAGCUAUACUUUCUCUUUUAACUAUUACAGGACAAUUUCCACAUAAGCACUUAGAUAUUACCGUCGAAACUUGACUAGAGACACUCACAAUGGCUCCUAGAAAGAAUCUCGAUUCCAAGUCUAAGCGCUCCACGCAGCGUUCGCGGCACUACCGUGAAAAUGAUCCAUCAUUUCUAGCUGCGCAGAGGGAGGCAGAGCGGCGUGAACAGAUUCUGGCCGAUAGUCGCCGCGUUGAAGCCAAAUGGCGACCUAAGAUUCCCGAAGUACGCAGGCUCAACUUUGAAAACUUCAAGAAUCGAUUCCACGAUAUUGAUGAGCCCGACUAUGCCAUCGAAGUCCUUAUGGCUGGGUCUUAUUUGCAGGCCCAGGUCCGCCGUGAGCAGGCUCUCCGACGAAAGGAGGACCAUGCUCGUACUCGUCAGCACAUGUUACUUGCUUACGGUCUUCCUCGCGAGCAAGUGUAUACUUCACGACCGAAGACUGGCGCCUCAGAGAAGGUGAAGAGAGACAGGAAAGCAGAGAGUGCUCAGAUGAACGAGGGCGAGAUGCAACGCAUUCGCAUUCAAUCACAGCCUGUCCUAGGACAUCUCACAUCUCUUCUAAAGGAUACCGAGCUGAGAUCUACACCCCGCACUUUCGUCAGGCCUUUCAAGGCUUUAGUGUAUUUUCAGCCCAAAAUGAAAGAGAUCCUCGCCACUCUGGAAGAGAAGUGGGCUGAUUAUGAGGAGAUUGACGACAUCGAAUCCGAUGAACUCCCAGAUAUUCCUGACGUGGAGAGCAUUAAGUCCAAGACGAAGGACUCGGGCUCCGAGGCUGGCGAUGAUGAUGAUGACGACAAAGAGUCUCUCCUUUCAGUUGACUCGAACGCUGAGGACUUAGACACCAUUAUGGACAGCCCCGAGGCUCUCAGGGAUAUGCGAUGCUACGUCAACUUUAUCGACAAGGAGGUAAUGCCUCAGCACAGCCGCUUUUCCGAAAGUGCAACCGACAAGGUCAAGUUUGAGGAUCUGUGGUCUCUCUUCCGUCCCGGGGACCUUAUUUACAUGCCAGCAGCCGGGGAGACAGCAGGCCGCUAUCAUGAGGUCUGGCGCAUUUACCGGACAGAGACGCCUGAAGUGGAAGCGUCCUAUCCCUCAAAAUUAGAAUGGGAAUUCUUCCCGGACGAGUUGCAGCAGGACAAGAAGGAUAAGUUCAACAUCUACGCCUACUACAUCGACCACGACGGUGAUUCCUUCGGCGCUGUGCGUCACACAUUCGAAAUCGAGUCUUUCGUUGGCGAGAGGCUUGUCGAGUCUCUCGAGGUCUUUCCCAUUCGCUACCGGCAGGAUCACCAACAACUCUUAGAUUCUCUCAAGAAGCAGGGAAAAGAUUUCCAGAGAUACCUUGGUGACAGGCAUCAAUCAUACCAUGCUUGGACUUUGACAAGGAACCCGCCCUUUGACACUACUGAGGCGAAUGACGAGGUCUUGGAGAACGAAACCUAUGAUAAGAUGCGUCAUCCCGAAUUUGUCGAGAGCGACGUUAUCGUUGAUCUCCAAGAGGCGUACCAGAAGCAUGGUGGAUGGCGACCUUCCUUCCAUCGAUUGACUGUAAACAAGUCUAUCGCAUGUGAAGUUGAGGACGACGGAAUGGGCAUUCAACAGUGGUUUGACGCCUCACGAACGAACCUUGCAUAUUCACAGAGCGAAAUUGUCCAGAAGCGGGAGGGUGUUGAACUAUGGCAGCGUCGCGAGAAUCUCAAUAUCGAUACAUUCUUACGCCAACGGACGAAGGGCAGCCGCACGCACGAGAUGAACCCGGAGGCUCUAGAGCUACGCGAGGAAGACCUUGUUCUCCUCCCCAAGCGUAUGUUCGCAUACGCCUUACGCGAGCGCAGAUUCGUGCCCGUCAACAUUCAGUUCCUGAAACCUAUCCGUAGGGAGCAGGGCGUAUUCGAGAACCUCAAGAUCUUAAAGGAUUACAAGGAUAUUGUGCGAGGUCUUGUCGCUUCCCACUUCCAGAAAAAGAGCCUCGAGCGACGGUACGUCGAUAUGUCCACCGAAGGACCGGGCCAGGAUCUGAUCCAGAAUAAGGGUCGUGGUCUGGUUGUUUUACUUCACGGUGUUCCCGGUGUAGGUAAAACCGCGACGGCUGAGGCAGUGGCUAUGGAGUACCGCAAGCCUCUGUUCGUCAUUACCUGUGGUGAUCUUGGUCUUACUCCAUCCGAAGUCGAGUAUUCACUGAAUAACGUCUUCCGUCUGGCGAACCUGUGGGAUUGCGUCCUCUUGCUUGACGAAGCCGACGUGUUCCUUUCGCAGCGUUCAAAGGUCGACAUGAAGCGCAACGCAUUAGUUUCGGUCUUCCUACGUGUCCUUGAGUACUACAAUGGAUUACUCUUCCUCACAACCAACCGAGUGAACACCAUCGACGAAGCAUUCAAGUCACGUAUCCACAUGUCGCUGUACUACCCGCCACUUGACAAGACCCAGACUCAGGACAUCUUCCGACUCAACCUCGCCAAGCUACGCGAGAUCGAAGCGCAGCGACACGCCAUGACAGGCGAGCCCGCACUCGUCAUCAAGGACCGCGAGAUUAUCGACUUUGCCGGAAAGCACUACGAAGACAACGCCCGGUCUACUGGCUGCUGGAACGGUCGCCAGAUCCGCAAUGCUUUCCAGAUUGCUUCGAGUCUGGCGCAUCACAACUAUACUAUCGCGACCGAGGCGGCACGAGCAAAUGGCCAACAACCCCCUAUGGCGCCGAUGUUAGACCGUAGCUUGUUCGACAAGGUGCAAAUGUCAACUCUGAGCUUCGAUCACCACAUGAAGGAGUCCAAGGGAUUCGAUUCUGAGCUACCCCUGAGGAAUACCUUUUACGAGGAGGGACGAUUCGAGUAAUGUUAGAUGUUCUUGUUGUAGGUUACGGCCGGGGUCGUUAGGGGAGGGUGCAGAUUAGACCAAGUUCAUGCAUUAGGUAGCCAAUACACCACUUUUAUAGAAGUUAUUUUAUUCAAUUCCACGUCUCUAUUAUAAGAGGAGAGAUGUAACUGAUGUAGCUUGUCG